AUGUCAGAGAGCAGCAGUUUCAAAGACCCAAGGUGGUCUCUCCAUGGAAUGACUGCUCUUGUCACUGGUGGCACUCGUGGAAUCGGGAAUGCAACAGUGGAGGAACUUGCAGGGCUAGGAGCGAGAGUGCAUACAUGUUCUAGAAAUGAAGAAGAGCUCAACAAGUGCUUGAAAGAAUGGGAGGCGAAAGGUUUUGUGGUCACUGGGUCAUUUCUAUUGAAAUUGGAUUUUGUUAGUGGAUGGUUUCAGUUAUCGUUUAGACUUUAUGGUUUACAACUUGUAGAUGCAUCAGGAUUGAUUUGUGUCAUUUGUGUGCUCAAUUCUCAUGCAACUAUAUUGGGUAAGGGGUCAGGUCAAUUGGAAAUUAUAUGGUUUGUGCUUAAAAGGCGAAAGGUAAACAAUGUUGGUACAAAUAUCAGGAAGCCAACCACUGAUUAUUCUGCUGAAGAAUUUUCAAACCUCAUGGCUACUAACUUUGAAUCUGCAUACCAUUUUUGUCAAAUUGCACAUCCUCUUCUAAAAGCAUCUGCAGCAGGAAGCAUUGUUUUCAUUUCCUCUGUUGCGGGUCUUUUGAGUAUAGGUAGUGGGUCAAUUUAUGGAGCAAGUAAAGGUGCAAUGAAUCAACUUACAAAAAAUUUGGCUUGUGAGUGGGCAAAAGACAAUAUCAGGACCAACUGUGUGGCACCCUGGUAUAUCAGAACCUCGCUUGUGGAAUACAUGCUCGAUGACAAGGUGUUUUUAGACAAAGUAGUCUCUCGAACCCCUCUCCAGCGCGUUGGAGAUGCAAAGGAAGUCUCGUCCCUGGUGGGAUUCCUUUGCCUACCUGCUGCUGCUUACAUCACCGGACAAGUUAUUUCUGUUGAUGGAGGGUUUACUGUGAAUGGAUUUAACCCCGCAUGA